UGGAAGCUGCAGAUCGGAGGAGCUGCAGAUCGGAGGAGCUGAGAGCGCCGCGCUCAGCCUGGCUCCUAGACCAAGAAAAUUAUCUUUGGGGUGACACUACUAGUUUCUACUCGGGAUUCCUCUGGGAUUUUACACCCCAUACUCCAAGGAACUAGUGGCAGUCUUUCCAUCUGCCUCGGCCCCUUCGCCCACUUGGGAGACCCCAGACCAGCUUUUAGGUGAAAAAGGUCAGAGGGCCCCCGUUUAGCCCACACUGCAGCUCUAGGAUCAUCCUGACUGCUUGAGAUCCACCUGCAACCAUGACAACCAAAUCCAACAGCAGCGUUCUGGGUAGCAAGGCUUCUUCCUCUCCUCUCUUGUCUUCUCCACCCCGCCAACGCCUGGUCACCAAAGAUGGACACUGUGCCCUUCGUCCACCUCUGUGCUCUUCAGGCUCAUGGCGCGGGGCCUUAGGCAGAGCCUGGUUGCUCGCCCUGCAGGACCUGUGGGGACUGUUGGUGGGUCUGCGGUGGAGAUGGGUCCUUCUGGCCUUCUGCGCCUCCUUCCUGGCCCACUGGCUGCUGUUUGCCUGUAUGUGGUACUUGCUGGCCCACCUUAACGGAGACCUGGCUGUGCAGGACCAUGAUGCUCCCCCACAAGGGCAUGUGGUUUGUGUGAAGCACAUAACCAGUUUCACUGCUGCCUUUUCUUUCUCCCUGGAGACACAGCUGACCAUCGGCUAUGGCACCAUGUUCCCCAGUGGGGACUGUCCCAGUGCCAUAGCACUGCUGGCUGUGCAGAUGCUGCUGGGGCUCAUGCUGGAAGCAUUCAUCACAGGUGCAUUCGUUGCCAAGAUUGCACGUCCCCAGAAGAGAGCAGGAGCUAUCCAGUUCAGCCCUCAGGCAGUGGUGGGCCAACACCAGGGCCAGAUGUGCCUCAUGCUGCGAGCCACCAACCUGCUGCAGCGACCUCUGGUGGAUGUAAAAGUGAGUGCUGUGCUCUACAAGGAACAUGAAGGUCAGGCCCUGCACCAGACCUCUCUGGACUUCCACUUGGAUCAUCUAGGCCAGCAGCCCUGUCCCUUCUUCAUCUUCCCACUCACCUUUUACCACCCCCUGGACCGCCAAAGCCCCCUCUAUCCCACCCUGUGUGAAGGCACAUCCAACCCCUUUGAGUUGGUGGUCUUCCUGUCAGCCUUGCAGGAGGGAACUGGUGACUCCUGCCAGAAGAGGACCUCUUACCUGCGGCAAGAAAUCCAGUUCGACCGCCGUUUUGUCCCUGCCUUGGGGAUGGAUGCUCGGGGGAGAUACAUGUCAACGGUGGUGAUGUGGAGUAAUACAGUGCUACAUGCUAAUUUUCAUAGCAUACUGAAACAAAUAGAACCCAGUGGCUGCCUGAAAGACAAGACAACACUGAGUCCACAGCUAUGCUUGUUACACUUUCUGCACAGUGAUGCUUUGAACUAAAUGCUAACAUGCUCAAAUGACAAUGGCUGAAUUCAAAUGUCAACCAUCUGGACUUAAAGAAUCCGGGAGAGGAGGCACACCAUCAGGAGUGGCAAAACCAGGCAAAUGUUAGGGGCCCCUCAGAGAAAAUUGGGAAAAGGGGCCCCUGAUGGGCACUCAUAUUGGUGCAUUUUGCAAUGACAACUAUAAAGACCCUGACAGUUCCUAUAAAAAGGCACUAUAUAAGGGCAUAGUUUUGCAUGUGGACAGUAGGGACAUAUCCCUACCAAUAUUUUGGGAGGACCAAAUUGUCCGAUCCAAUAUUUGAGCAAACUUGUUUGCAUUAUCUUAAGAGCAAAUAGACACACUCACUCACACAGAGAGUGAGGAGCAGAAUCGUUUGUUGACGGGCGCGGAGAAAUGGGAUUCUGGUGUGAUCUGCAUAUUGAAUAUGCAGAAUGUUUUGGAAAGUAGCAGAAAACUUGCUGAAAGAUAAAUUAACUAUUAAAUCCCCAGGUUUUAUACAGGUUAAAAUAACUUAAUAUAUCAUUGAUGUGAAUCGCUGCCACAUGCACAUUUGAAUAGUUACUUCCCCAAAUAAGUAGUAAAUCUUGCCUACAUGUGUGUUGACUCAAUAGGGAAUGAAUUAAAUGAAAGAAGUUGAUCUACAGGAGAAUACAAUUUUAAAAGAAAUACAGAAUGGUUAAGAAUCAAUAUGUUUUCAUAUUUAGAAUUGUCAGUGGCCGCCUGAAUUUUUUCUUUUCUUUUACGUAAAUCAAGGCAUUUUCGCUGUAGAAUUUAGGAAAUUAAGUGUUUGGUGUUCAACAUAUCCUGGUGGAGGACCCCAGAGCCCCCACUGAAUAUGUGUCCCACCAAUGUUCUCAUACAUGUUCACAUCCAAAUGGGCCUCGAUGGGCUUCUUUGCCUGGACCCCCCCAGAGUCCAGCAUCGCCAAUGCCCGGACUUCUGUCAUACAUGAAGUCAUCAUUUCAAGCUUUUUUCGCUAUGGCUCGUGAGGUGAUAAAUUGUGCUAUAAGAUGAGCAGAAGGCGAUCCCGAAGGGCGGCACUCAUAGUAAAAGUAGCUAAUUCAGCAACACUGAUCGUGCCAUUGAUUUAUAAAUACACAGCACAGACAGACUCUCCUGAAACACACUGCUUAGUGUCUGGUGGAAUCACAUGCAUUGUCUUGAGUGGCCGCAAUCAGCAGCUUCAUCGGAACGUGGUGCAGCUGUGCUCAGUGGAGGCUACCAAAUUGCACAAACCUGGAAACGGGGGGCAGGUAUGGCAAGAUAAUGAGGGGGACACAUUUUCGGUCAUUUUUCUCACAAGGGUGUGGCAUCCCCCCUUAAAAUUGCCUCACGAAAACGGGCUUUAUAGUGUAACAGAGAGAGGUUAAAGAAUAAAUAAUACAGGUUGAAAUGCACAGUAUAAUCUUCCCUAUAAUUUGAUCAUCAGAUAAUUUGAAGUCCAGCCAUUUGGAUUCAGCCAAUGCUAACAUGCGGAUUAUGUUUACCAUGCUCACUGUCUUAAUUUAGCAUAUUGGCAUGUUAAAAUGUGCACAUUUCAUGUUAAUUAGCAAAGUACAGCUGAUGUUGGUGAGAAUGGCAUUAGUUUUGCAGGUAUUUGGUCAUAAACCAAAUGAGUGGACAAACAGAAAUUUUUGAUUCAUCGUCUGGAGAACAUUAAUGUCUGUACAAAGUUGUAUGAAAAUCAUUCCAAUAGUUGUUGAGAUAUUUCAGUGUGGUCCAAAGUGGGGAACCCACCCACCAACAGAAAGAAAUGUAUACAUUAAGAUCCUAUAGCACUCUAUGGAAAAUACUUAGAAGAAAUGUAAAGUAUAUGUGAUUGGUGGUAAAUGGGUUUAACACUGUUAUGGUCUUUAAACCUGCUGAGGAUUUCACGGCAUUUGAUAAUUAAACUGGUGUAGUUUAACAAUCCAUUACACCGGUAAAUCUGAAUGUUUCUAUGAAAUUGAAGGGAAUAUUUUACACUCAAGAGAAUUAUUUUCGGCACAGAAGGUCAUUUUAAGUUGUCAAGCAUCAGCGCCAGCCCUGUAAACGGAACAUGGAAUUUGUAGUAAUGGCAGGAAAAUGAAAAGUGUUGAAAGAGCAAGUACCAAUAAGGAAGGACAGAAUUGAAUGAUGUCUGUCAUCUAUGUAAAGGGCAUUCAUAUUGCUGAUCAAUAAUUUCCUCCAUUGAUGGUUGUGGACUUGAUUUGUAGAUUAAUGCCUUUAUUAUUUUUUUAAAUCAUUGCCUAAAUCAUUACACAAAGUGAAAAUCAAUGUAUUAUGUUCAUUUUGUACAACAAUAAUGUCUAGAUUUAGCUAAGA